AUCAGCUGAUUGGUUUAUUGCAAUUGGGCAAAUAGUUUACAAAGUAAAAUUGACCAAGUAAAUUUAAAAUUAAGUUAAAAUGUUUAUUGUGGCCAUAACGGGAGGAAUAGCUACAGGCAAAAGCACGGUAAGCCAAGUGUUCCGGGACAAUGGUAUACCAGUCGUUGACGCCGAUAAAAUUGCUCGAGAAAUUGUGCAACCUGGAACAACAUGUUGGCAUAAAAUACGACAAGUAUUUGGUGAAGAAAUUAUUCUGCCAACUAAAGAAAUCAAUCGUGAGGCCUUGGGCAAGGCCAUUUUUAGCGACAAACAAUUACGCGGCAAAUUAAAUCAAAUUACACAUCCGGUAAUUCAUCGCACAAUUUUCCUGCAGGUUUUUAAACAUUUCAUGAGUGGGCACUCGUGGAUUGUGCUCGAUUUGCCCCUGCUCUUCGAAACGGGCAUACUUAUGGAAUUUAUAUAUAAGAUAAUUACUGUGUCGUGUGACGCUGAGAUACAGUUAAAUCGACUUAUGCAACGUAACGAAUAUUCAAUGGAGGAUGCUAAAAAACGUAUUGAAUCUCAAAUGCCAUUAGAUAAAAAAUGCGACCAGUCGCAUUUCGUCAUUGAUAAUUCCGGUAGCAUUGAAGAAACAAAGGAGGCAGCUCUGCGCAUCGUCCAACUAAUGAAUGACUCCAAACAUCAUUGGCGCAAUCGUGUGACACUUUUUGGCAUAGUUUUGGGACUCGGACUGGUAUUAUAUUAUUUGAAUCGAAUAUUUAAAAUCUUUCCGAGUUCCGAUACGCAAAUUGAAUAAUUCAACUUAGAUAUUCAGAAUACGCUCUGUUAAAAAUAAAUCGCAAGCAUAAAAUAAAUUUACUUGAUUUUAUCUCCACUAUUAAACAUUUCCAAAUAUACACGAAAUAACCAAAGAAUAAAUUAAAAUACAAAAUCAGAA